UAUAUUAGAGAGAACAACUGUAUUGUAUUCAGUUGAGUGGCAAACCCGGAAGGUUAUGGGACCGAGUAACAUUCUGGUCUGGUUAAGAGUUACAAUCACGAUUUGCAACGAAACAUUUUGUAAAAGGAUGAUGUGAAUAUUCUGAUCUACGACAAUGUUGGACAUUACUAGUGAAACAAAUUGUACAUAUGUGUUGACGUCGUGAGUUGAACAACACGGGUCGGAUGAGCGCUUUCCUGCUACUGAUCAUUGUCACAUUCAUUAAACUUCAUCUUCUGUACCGGAAUUCCAGAAAGAAAAACCAAGUGAGACACGUUUAUAGCUACUGCUACCUCCACCUUAGCUUGGACUGCCUAUUGAACAAUGAGGCUUGGAUCUCACUCUUUCUUCUGUGUUUUUCUUUUAGUUGCCUGAGUGCUUUCAUGCCUAAAGCAGUUGCUGAAGCAGUUCCAGCACACUUCAGGACAAUGAUACAAAUAUUGAGAAACAACAAUUUCAGCACAUUUUAUAAUUCUAAAACUGCUUUGUACACUCCAGAAAUUCCUGAAAAUGAAAUCUGUUACAAUGCCUCGCUGAAUUGCUUUUUUUUGGAGAUGCGUGUUUUUUUUUUUGAACAUGAAGAAAACCCACUUUCAAUUCUGGAAGAUUAUAUAACAGAAAUUAAACCAGUGGUUCAUGGAGGCUGCAAAGAGUGUGAAGAAUUUACAGAAAGAAAUUGUGAAACUUUUCUUAAUGAGUUUAUGUCAUUUCUGCAAUUUCUGCAAUUACAGAAAAAAAAGUAAAACCUAAGUCAUUUUGAACGACCUGUAUUUAUUGAUAAAGUGUGAAACUAAAGAUUGUUUUGUUAUUGUACAUAGCCUUGUAAAUGCUUUACUACACACCUUUAAACACUCUCUGAACAUCACUUACAAAAACAUUUUAAUAUCUGUGUUACAUUUUAACACCUUUUUGUGCAGAGCUUUUGAAAUUGGGAUUGUGGUGUAAAAAAUCAACAAAAUCCAUCACUUAAAUAUCAUUUAUCUUGUUUGAAUGCCCAGUAACCAGAUAAAAGCCCAUUUGAUUCACUGUCAGAGAGUGGAGACAUAAUGCAAUACUAUAUGAAGAAUUGUUUAACCUUUCAUUUUUCACCUUCUUUUCGAAUGAUAUCACAACUGAGGGAAUUGUGUCCCAUAAUUAAUUGUAUACACAUGCUUGCUGUACUUUUAUUUGAAAAACUACAUAUAACAUAAUUCAUCCAUGGCUCCUGAAUAGCAUGCUCUAACAGAAUAAGUAAACUUUCAGUUCAAUAGUAAAAGAACAUGACAAAGUGGAGGCUCAAACUUCUUGUUUGUUUGUGGUUUUGUCCAUGGUAGAAAUGUAGACCUGUGUAUGCACAGUGAGUAAAAUACGCUACUUUUGACAUACCACUGUAAAUAUUUGUACAUAUGUUUCAAAACUAUAAUAUGUAGUAUUUUGUAUACACGAAGGGCAGCUACUAUAUUAUGUCUGUAUAAUAAAACUGAUGAUC